AUGUCCGACGGUCGCCUCCCGCACCACGCAUUAUUUGCAUUGGCCCUGCAGACUGAAGAAAGCAAAGUGGAGGCCAGUAGAUUUGCCGCGAACCGGCUACUGUUAUUCAGGCGUUUUGAAGCUAGUGGAUCAAAUAUAUUCACACACAAGCACGCAAAAAUGGUGGUCGAGUUAGAUGAGGCUGCAUUCCGCAAGCUUGAGUACUACUCGCUUGUGUCCAAAGUGUGCACAGAGCUUACCAAUCAUCUCGGCUUAGAUGACAAAACUUUAGCUGAGUUCGUCAUUCACUUGGCAAAGAAAAACCCAACCUUUGACAAAUUCAAAGCGGCGCUAACCAAGAAAGGUGCCGAUUUCACAGAUGCGUUAACUGCCAGUAUUCUACGUCUGGUUGGAAAGAUGUUCCCAAAAACUCCGAAACCUAAGAAAGGAGAACAGUCUGAUUCCACUCCACCGGAACCCUCGGAAAAUGAGGUCAAAGAUGAGAAAAAAGAGCUGCGAAGGAAAUUAUUUCCGGUUCUUUGUCUGCCAGAUGAGGACGAGUAA